UGCCACGCUAUUUAAACGCGGGCUAUGGAUCCGGGAACCGGCGCGAAUCAAUGAGAUCAAACGCGGGGGAGAUGCACCGUCAAUUACAAGCACUGGGACAAGCCUAACUUUUUUUUUUUUUUCCUCUCUCUCUUUUACAAAUACGCUUUCAAAAGCCAUCUUAGCAACGCCCAAAUAAGAAGCCACCUCUAAGCAAAAUGGCAUAUAUGAAGGGAGGGCGAAUAUAUAUAUAUAUUUAUACGUAUAUAUAGAGAUCUAUUACAGGCGUACAGGUUUACGCGCGGUGAACUUUUUCUUUUCUUUCUUUCUUUCUUUCUUUCUUUCUUUCUUUCUUUCUUUCUUUCUUUCUUUCUUUUCUUUCUUUCUUUCUCUCUCUCUCUCUCUCUUUUUUUUAAAACGGUUGACACGGCCAGGAAGGACUCCUCCUCUGUCUUUGGGCGAAGGGGGUAUUUAUUCUGUUUUCUUAGGGCGCCCAAGGGGGCGCAGGGACCUCGGAGAGAAGAGUGAGGCGGCGAGAGCCGGGGUGGUGGGGGGCGGAGGGCGAGCCGGCGGCGAGGCAGGCCUUCCUGCGGCGCGAUGCCGUCCCCGCUGGUGCUCACCGGCCCCGCGUGCGUCUUGCUGGUCUGGGCGUUGCUGGUCGGCAGCAGCGGCGGCGGCGGCGGCGGCGGCGGCGGCGGCGGGGGCGCCAGCCUCGGCGGAGGGCGCCGGGAGAGAGAGGCGCUGCAGCCGCAGAAGAUCGAGGUGCUGGUGCUGCUGCCCCAGGACGACUCGUACCUGUUCUCCCUGGCCCGGGUGCGGCCGGCCAUCGAGUACGCGCUGCGCAGCGUGGAGGGCAACGGGACCGAGCGACGGCUGCUGCCGCCCGGCACCCGCUUCCAGGUGGCCUACGAGGACUCGGACUGCGGCAACCGCGCGCUCUUCAGCCUGGUGGACCGCGUGGCGGCGGCGCGCGGCGCCAAGCCCGACCUCAUCCUGGGGCCCGUGUGCGAGUACGCGGCGGCGCCCGUGGCCCGGCUUGCGUCGCACUGGGACCUGCCGAUGCUGUCGGCGGGGGCUCUGGCCGCUGGCUUCCAGCACAAGGACACGGAGUACUCGCACCUCACGCGCGUGGCACCCGCGUACGCCAAGAUGGGUGAGAUGAUGCUCGCCCUGUUCCGCCACCACCAGUGGAGCCGCGCCGCGCUGGUCUACAGCGAUGACAAGCAGGAGCGGAACUGCUACUUCACCCUCGAAGGGGUCCACGAGGUCUUCCAGGAGGAGGGCUUGCACACGUCCGCCUACAAUUUCGAUGAGACCAAAGACUUGGACCUGGACGACAUCGUGCGCUACAUCCAGGCCAGUGAGCGAGUGGUGAUCAUGUGCGCGAGCGGCGACACCAUCCGCGGCAUCAUGCUGGCGGCGCACCGGCGCGGGAUGACGGGCGGCGACUACGCCUUCUUCAACAUCGAGCUCUUCAACAGUUCUUCGUACGGAGAUGGCUCGUGGAAGAGAGGAGACAAACAUGACUUUGAAGCUAAGCAAGCAUACUCGUCCCUCCAAACAAUCACUCUACUGAGGACAGUGAAGCCUGAGUUUGAGAAGUUUUCCAUGGAGGUGAAAAGUUCUGUUGAGAAACAAGGACUCAAUGAGGAGGAUUAUGUUAACAUGUUUGUUGAAGGAUUCCACGAUGCCAUCCUCCUCUAUGUUCUGGCUUUACAUGAAGUACUCAGAGCUGGUUACAGCAAGAAGGAUGGAGGGAAAAUUAUCCAGCAGACUUGGAACAGAACCUUUGAAGGUAUUGCCGGGCAGGUGUCCAUAGAUGCCAAUGGAGACCGGUACGGGGAUUUCUCUGUGAUCGCUAUGACAGACCCAGAAGCAGGCACCCAGGAGGUUAUUGGUGAUUACUUUGGAAAAGAAGGUCGUUUUGAAAUGCGGCCGAAUGUCAAAUAUCCUUGGGGACCUUUAAAACUGAGAAUAGAUGAAACCAGAAUUGUGGAGCACACCAACAGCUCUCCUUGUAAAUCAUCAGGUGGUCUAGAAGAAUCGGCAGUGACAGGAAUUGUGGUGGGGGCCUUACUAGGAGCUGGCUUGUUAAUGGCCUUCUACUUUUUCAGGAAGAAAUACAGAAUAACCAUUGAGAGGCGAAGCCAGCAAGAAGAAAGUAACGUUGGAAAACAUCGAGAGUUACGGGAAGAUUCCAUCAGAUCCCAUUUUUCAGUGGCUUAAAAGAAAGCCUUUUCUUUUGGCCUGAGAUUCUUUAAGGAGAUAGAUGGGAUGAAAGACAUCAAUGGAACAGAAGGAGCGCUCUUGAGGAACUCAUUCUUUUAAGCAGUUAGUCAUUUUGUUGUAAAAUUUCUUUAGAAGCUCAGGAACUGUUAUUAAUCACCAUAAGCCUCCUGGCCUUUCACCUCAUGACAAACAAAUAUGAGAAUAUAGCCUCACUCUGUUAAAUGUUCAUACUGUUUCAAGGGCAUAUGAUUAGAUUUGUGUUUGAAAAUCUGAUGUCUCCAUAUAUUGAUGGUUUUGGGGGCAUGUCACAUAAGGCUACAAAAAUGUGGUUUUCUUAAAUGAAAUGUUUUAUAGCUAGAAUAAAGUUUUUAAAAGUAGAAUAUUCUUGGAAAAAUUUAACAUCCAAAAAGAGGAAAAUGUAAUGAAAAAUAUCAAGGUUGGAAAUACAGUGUUCCUUUUUCUAGUGCUGAUGGACAGAUUUGAAGUUGAGGACUGCUCUGUCCAAUGUAUAUAUUUAGGUCCUGACUUUGUAUCUUGAAAAAGGAUUUCCUGCCUGUCUCCUUCAGUGUCUCAUAAAAGCUAUUCUGGAAAGUUGUAACUAUUAAUAAGAUAAGAGGAUUUAUAUAAGAAAAGCAAAUCUAAAAUGUUUCACCUUUUAAUGUAAAAAAAAGCCCUAUUUCACACUAACACUUUAUUUUUAGGUAUUUUAAUCUUAUAUUUUGCUAUUAGAAAAUGUGUCUAUUUUUUCAUUUUGAAGAUUAAAUUCCACUUAUAUUUUAAAAGCAAAAUAAGUGUACAGCAAACCAGCAAUGAUGAAAGAUGCUUCACUUUUUCUCCUUGUUUCUCUCUCCCCCUUGGCCAUAGCCAAAUGCCAAUUGCUGCUUUAAUUACGGAGAUCUAGAAAUGUAUUCAGAUCACAGACUUUACAGGAGUACAUCAAUUUAUCUGUCUUAUUUUUUAAAAAAAUUUUUCAUUUUUUUCAUUGAAGUUCAAUUUGCCAACAUAUAGUAUAAUACCCAGUGCUCAUCCCAUCAAGUGCCCUCCUUAGUGCCCAUCACCCAGUUACCCCACCCCACCCCAUUUUUCUGUUUUAAAUGAAAAGUUAUUUUAGGGAUAGACCUCUUCCAGUUCUGGUCAAACGAUGAGUUUCAACAUAAAGGGGUGGAAUUUAUUAGAAUUAAUUAGGGUUUAAGGCAGCCCUUUUUCCUCAAGGACAACUUUAUACAGUGUUAUAGUCAUCCACUAAUAACCCAUGCAAUAGCGGGUUAGGUGUAGAUAUAAGGGAUUUGGACAAAGUUAAAUAAGUAUUGAAUAUCUGAAUAUCUCCUUUGUACCCAGUACUCUAUACAUAGGUUUAAACUCAGGUUGCCAUUUUUGCUGAUAAUUUAUAGAGAAAAUGGUAAGAGAAUAGGGAGUUGCCAAAUUAGUGUACCAUCUUGUAAUUAUGUCACUCGGGGCUUUCCUCAGUAACAUUUUGAACAUCUGGAAAAUAGUUUCUAAAAUUACCUUAGUGACUAUAAAAGACCAUGUAUAGGGAGGAAAAUAGGGGAAUUCAAGCAAUUCCUUGGUAGUGAUGAAGGUGUAGUCCACACAGGUAGUAGUGGAGGCAGGCAGAGUGAAAGCUGAAUAUCUUGGAAGCUGGCUGAGCAUGCUUCCCUGAAGGAGUCUGCCUCUGUCACUACUAUUUCAGCCAGCCAAGUGGCUUAUUUCAGUGAAUCGAUGAUUUCUGUGUGAAGCAUAGUUCCCCUCUACAUUUAAAAAACGGGAUUCGGGCAGCUGGAGAGCAUGAUAACAGAAUGAGUUAUGAUCAACAGAAAUGACUAUGUUGUAGUUCUCCAGGAGGAUGCAAAGGAAAAAGUGCUGACUUCAAAAAAAAGAUGGAAAAAGAAGGCAAGAAAGGCAAGCUCCAGAAAUUCCAAUGUAGGCAGAGAGUUUGGGAAGUAAAAUAUAGGAGAGAAAACAUUUAACAGCUCAGAAAUCUUCAGAGUGAAAACAGAAUGGAAGGUUUGCAUCCAUCUUUUUUUUUUUUGUGAAUUGAGAGCUUAUUUCUCUCUCAUUUUUAUUUUUCAAUGAUGUUUUCAAUGUGUUUUAGAGAUAUUCAUUUUAUACUAUCUUGUGUUUGUGAAAAAAAUGUAAAUUUCAAGCCUAUGUACAGGGAGAAAAUCACUCUACCUGGUUGCAGUCUUUGGAUAUAAACAUUUCUAACCCUUCUGGAAUUUAUAUGGGGGCCUGAUAACUGUAACAUUUUUAAAGCAAAUAUCUUUUAUUUCUACUUCAGGGACAGGAAUAGUUCUAAAGUUAAUAUUAUAUCCCCAGAUAAAAUGGUAGAAAUAAGGCAUUAGUUUUUUUUAAAGAUGGCAGGACAAAUCAUGAGGUUUCAUAGAUACAUGCCAUUCUGUUCCAAAAUUAAAGCAGUUCUGGGGUUCUUAAGAUUGAUUGCUUAUUUACAUGUCUAUUUCCACUUCUUUCCUCCUGAAAAUCAUCAUAUGAGUCACCAAAACUCCAUUAAGUUGGAAACCUUCGCUUGUAGAGAGCAUGUAGAUCUCACAAGUGUAGGUGUUUGUCCCAAGCGUACCUUGGGUUAAGAUCGCUGGAGAUUAUAAUCUGGGACUUAAAUUCCUAACUGCUAAGCAGCAUCUUUGACAACUAAUCAUUCAUAUUCCACCAGAAGCCAGAUAUAUACAGCAAAAUAAAUAGGGCUUUAGUUCUUAAAUCAGCCUAUAAAUGUUUACCCUGAAGUCUAGGGUGUUCAGAUUUUAAAAGGGAAGCUUUAUCAGUAUUUUCUCAUCUGGCCAAACAAGAUGAUAUUUAUAUAGGUCAAAAUGAGUAUAUACUUUCCGUAUAUAUGCGUAUAUAUGGCGUAUAUACAGAAAGUAUAUACUCAUUGUGUUGGAAAUAAGUGUAGGUUUUACAGUUAUCAUUGUCAACUUUGUAGAUUUUUCUUUUCUGGGCUCAAAAAUAAAAGUUUUCUCCAGAUAAUCACUUUUAUCCAGAAAUAAUUUUCUGUAUCAAUCGUGUAUCUGCCCGCGACAGAUACAACAUUACACUUCCCAGAACUGUCAGCUUAUCCUUUCCUGAACCACAGACAUAGUUCCAUAGGCUCUGAAAUAGUUUUUGUUUUUGUUUUACAUUUCAGAAGCGAUUUUUAACAGAGGGAGAAGAGAAAUGUAUGGAAAGAGAAUGUCUCCUUUUCUCCUCUUCCUUAAAAUUCAGACUUUUGCUUUAGAAUAUCCCAUCAGUUCUCCCUGUUUACAGGUUCUAGGGUCCUUAACUUAUUCAAGGAACCUGUGCCCCCUUUGUCCCAGUUUUACCACUUUCUUUCUGAUUAUUCCUGAUUUUGGAAGUGUAGGUUAUGCCAUUGGCAGUAAAAUUGAAGCUAUUGUAUAGACCUCAACAGACAGUGACAAUUCAGAAAUGAGCUUCCCGUGGCAUCACCACCUUCUGUGAGUGAGUAUACAGGACUAUUUGUGGAAGUCUCUUUAGGAGGCCAAAUAAAAUAUUAUACCACCAGUAUUAAGGGAGUAUUUAUAAACUGAAAAGAGUGCAUACUUAUGUUUCUUGGGACACAAAGAGCCCAGAUCCUGAGUGGAUACAGUAUAAAACCAAACACCAACCAAAAUUAGGCCCCUCGAUCUAUAUUUCAUGGGUUCUGUUUUAGUAUGCCCUGGUGGUUAGCGCUUUAUGGGGAAGCUGAAAACGGGCUAAAUUUCUUCUUCAGUGGAAAAAACUGAAAACAUGGAAUAUGUUUUUGGGGCAGUGUGGAAGCAUAGAGAAUGAGAAGGUGCUGUUCAGAGGGAUCUGUUUCUUUUUCAGUUGAUCUUUAGAACUACAGAAUACCCAAUAAUUUAGCCCAUCUUCAACAGCCAGACUCAGCAAGAAGCUUGGGACACACCCAGCCAGAAGAAUCAGGAGCUUGAUCCUCUGAAAGAAACAGAAGAGGGUGGCAUCGCAAGCUGCCACUGUCCUUCCCACCCUUCCUCCCUCACUCCCCCCUCCACCAUCCAUCGUGGCUCCAAGAUGCAUCGGCAUCUUGCCCAAGCAGGUAGAAACUUGUGAGUAGGACCUCUGUGCUUCCUCAGAGGGAAAGAAGACAAAACAGUGCUGCCUAUAAGAAUGUAGCUGGCUUUGGAUCAGAACCCUUAUGCUAACUUGACCACACACGCAGGACAAGCCUGUGAUGUGCAUAUAUUCCAACAAGCCUUGCUUUGGUUUUCAGCAUGUAGAUCUCACAAAUGUCUCUUACAGGCAUACCCCACAGCUAGACUCUAGGAUUAAAAUGACUUUCAAAAGGUGCUGGAUUGGAGUUUGUUCAAAUUUUUCAUUAACCACUAAUGUUAAUUCAGACCAAAGGUAAAGCAAUUCUAAACCAGCUGAUGCAGUUAAUGUUCAUGUUUUAAGCUACUUCAAACAUGGUGAAAGGGUUUCAAUGGAAGCUGAAUCUCAGAAGUAAAAAUCCAUAUGUUAUAAUAGCUCUUUGAUGUAUCAGGUGUGGAUUGAUUCUUAAGGGAGAGAUUUGAAUAAGCAAAACUAAGAGUUAGCAAAAAUGCUGUUGCUUUGAUUCAUGUGUUUAAAGACCUACAUUUUAUGCACAGGAAUAAAGGGCCCUUCCAACAAAAAGUGUAAGUCGUAACAUGGACUACCAAAUUGUUUAUUUGCUAGGGGACCAAAGCUGUGAUAGCACACAAUCACUGGGCAGAAAAUGUCGAGAAAGAGGAAAAUUUGGAUUUCAAAACAGGAUAUCCUAUUUAUUAUUCAAUGCCAACAUCUGAAGAAGUCCAGUGUGGUGUGUCUUACUUACAAGACAGCAAUGGGGUGCCCUCAACAACCUGGAGAUGCUGUGAGUUUGCAGACUUUUUGUUGGGUCCUGGGAAUCUGAGCUUUGUUCCCCGUUUGUUCACGGUGAAUAGUUGAAACCAAGAGGACAUGGAAUAGAUACUGUGGAGGAUUACUUCUGCAGCCCUUGUCUUCUGGGCCAUAUUACUCAUUGUUAUUUUAAAUAUGGGACUACCAAACAAUACAGAUCUACCAGGAGUAUGGUAGAAAAAUAAAAUUAAAGCCGCACAAGCUACAAUUUAUUAUUCUAAUGUAAGUAGAACUAUCUGCAUAUAAUGUGAUUUAAUUUAUUGUUUUGUGUAGAAAAUGAAGAUUAAUGACUGUGGAUAUAACCCCUGUUUUGUAUAAUAUAUUUUAUUUCUGGUGCAAACUGGUCAUUUAAAGUACUUCAUUUGGUGUUUGGAUAUAAAUGUGUAUGUGUUCUUGUAAAUGUUUCUCUUAAGCAAGAAUGCCACAUGCUCGCAGUAUAACAAUGUGUUCUCAUUAAAAAUACAU